AUGACGCUCCACUCCGGUCUCCGAGGCAGUAGCUCUCGUGUGCUGCGAAGCAUUGCGCGACCGACGCUUGUUGCCUCUCGUAAUGUGACAUGGGGGGCCAUGAGGACCAAGUCCUCCGAGAAGAAGCGCCAGAAGCACUUCAUCAAUCUAAUUCCAUCCGAGAAUUUCACCUCUCAGGCUGUUCUCGAUGCCCUUGGCAGCGUGAUGCAGAACAAGUAUUCCGAAGGAUACCCGGGCGCUCGAUACUACGGCGGGAACGAGUUCAUUGACCAGUCUGAGAGACUGUGUCAGGAACGUGCCCUAGAGACCUUUGGUCUCGACCCCAAGGAAUGGGGUGUCAACGUUCAGCCGCUGUCGGGUGCCCCAGCCAACCUCUACGUCUACUCGGCCUUGAUGAACACACACGACCGUCUUAUGGGCCUGGACCUGCCGCACGGUGGUCACCUAUCGCAUGGAUACCAGACGCCGACCAAGAAGAUCUCAGCUAUCUCCAAGUACUUUGAGACGCUUCCCUACCGCCUGGACGAGUCGACCGGCUACAUUGAUUAUGACAAGCUAGAGGAGACAGCCCUGGUGUACCGCCCCAAGGUGAUUGUGGCGGGCACGAGCGCCUACAGCCGUCUGAUCGACUACAAGCGUAUGCGCGAGAUAUGCGACAAAACCAACUCCUACAUGGUUGCUGAUAUGGCGCACAUCUCGGGUCUGGUCGCCGCCAAGGUUCUCCCAGGACCGUUUGGCUUCGCCGACGUCGUCACGACGACGACGCACAAGAGUCUGCGCGGCCCCCGCGGCGCCAUGAUCUUCUUCCGCAAGGGCGUGCGCAGGCAGAACCCCAAGACUAAGGAGAAUGAGAUGUACAAUCUCGAGGGUCCCAUCAACUCGUCCGUCUUCCCCGGCCACCAGGGCGGCCCCCACAACCACACCAUCACCUCGCUCGCUGUCGCCCUCAAGCAGGCCCAAUCCCCCGACUUCCACAGCUACCAGACCCAGGUGCUAGCCAACGCAAAGGCCUUUGCCAAGCGCCUCGGUGAGCCCAAGGAGAAGGGUGGUCUCGGCUACCACCUCGUCAGUGGCGGCACCGACAACCACCUGGUCCUCGUCGACCUGAAGCCUCACGGCAUCGACGGAAGCCGCGUUGAGCGCGUGCUGGAGCUUGUCGGCAUCGCUUCCAACAAAAACACUGUUCCCGGAGACCGCUCCGCCCUUGUUCCUGGAGGUCUCCGCAUGGGCACCCCUGCCAUGACCACCCGUGGCUUCAGCGAGACUGACUUUGAACGUGUUGCCGACAUUGUCGACCGCGCCGUUACAAUUGCCAUCCGCAUCAACAAGGCUGCCAGGAGCGCCGCCGAGGAGCGUGGCGAGAAGAGCCCCGGAAGAGUCAAGCUUUUCCUGGAGCACAUUGGAAACGGCGACUCUGAUUCCGAAAUCGUCCAGCUUAGGAGCGAGGUCGAGAACUGGGUCGGUACCUACCCUCUCCCGUGGGCUUCCGAGCAGUAA